GGAAAAAAUAGACGGAGUGUGAAAUGAUAUCUCAAAACCUAAGUGGAACAAAAUAAUUACAAUAUUUUUUAUUAAUAUACCUCCGGACUAGGAGGACACUUCUCACAAAAAUGGGAUGUGACAUGGGUUCGGUGAAUUUCACGGGUGCCGAGUGGCUUGAGACAGCAGUGACAAAUAUAAAUACAGCGUAUGCUCAUAUUCAUCCGUACGUCUCUGUGAUUCUCUGUCUUGCAGGUACUGCAAUGAACAUAGUAACAGUGAUUGUUCUAACUCGUCCAUCAAUGAGAUCAGCCGUCAAUUCACUUCUUUGUGCAAUUGCUCUUUGCGACAUUCUUGUUAUGACCAGUGUCCUGGUUUUUGUUACUCAUUUUCUACUAUUUGCGGGGUACAGAUGCGAUCCAACAGACUACAACAUUUAUUGGGCAUAUUUUUUAUACUAUCAUUCCCAAGCCACGGUUAUUUUCCAUGCAACAAGUAUUUGGUUAACAGUUCUACUAGCCCAAAUUCGAGUGUUUUCUAUCCGGCGAGCAACAUCUGUAGCUGGAGAAUCUGUAACUAAUCAAAUGACUUGUAUUAUUGCUGUUACAACAUUUAUUGUAGUUUGUUUGUUAAAUGUUCCAAAUAUGCUGACAUUUGAGAUAAUUGAAACGCCAGCAUCUCUUUGGCUUCAAUGCAAAGCAAACGAGACAGCUGAAGACGAUAUGCUCGUUUAUUUGGUUGCUCCAUCUGAUCAUUGCGGACUACUUAAUAUUGCAUUCUGGACAAAUGGAGUACUUUUCAAAGUUGUUCCUUGUCUUCUUCUAACAUUUUCUAUAGUUGCACUUGUCAGUAUUAUUCGUGACGUUGGAAAACGAAGGAAACAAUUAGCUCAAGUGAUGAAUAAGAAAAGAAUGCCACGAGAUCAUACUACACCAAUGCUUGUCGCCGUUCUUUCAAUAUUUUUAUUUGCUGAACUUCCACAAGGAGUACUUCACGUCUUCAAUGCAAUUUUCACAAAAGAAACAUUCUACGAUAAAAUAUACAUUCAUCUCGGAGAUGUGAUGGAUGUCCUCUCGUUGCUCAAUUCUGCCGUUAACUUCAUCAUUUAUUGUGCAAUGAGUCGGAAGUUCCGAGCCGUAUUUAUCCAGAUAUUCCUUACAUGCUUGCCACAAAAAAUUAUACGAAAAUACGCAAUGGAAGCAUUCCUGGACGUUGAAGUAUCUCGCAUGAGACCUACUGCUGAUAUGACAAAAAGUGAACAAUUGGCAUUAACGUCACACCGAGUUUCAGCGUCCUCCGUUCUUUUACCUAUUUCUAGACCUGAUCCACCCAGAAUGUAUUCUGGAAAUCUGCUUACAGCUGACAUCAACGGCGGAUACUCUACAUCUCCUCGUGUUUCCUUUGAUAUCGUUCGUAAAGAAUCGCAGAUCAGUAGCGUCGUCGAUUUCCAACUUGUGGUACCAAAUAUGCAGCAAGACUCCCUAAGCAUUGUUCAAAAAAUUCUCAGAUUUUUCCGUUCUACAGAUGAGCUUUCCAAUAGUCCACACAGAAGAAUUAAAUUAAUGCAAUGUGAAACAAGUACUGCUCUUUAUUAAAUUUUUGCCAUGACUUAAAAAAAAGUUCUUGAAUUCUGCUGAUCUGGAAACAUAACGUUAUAGUUUCAGACUUUCUGAAACUAGGUUUGCGACAUGAUCUUUAACUCAGAAUUCACAUUGUAUUGUUUCAUAAACACACCGUUAAUGUCAUAUUAUUACAUAUUUACUGGUACUUUAUCUCUACAUAUCGAUAGAUUGUCUCCUUUUUUUCUGUAUUUAUUACAAUAAAUCUUUAUUUAAA